AUGGCCUGUCACUGUGCUCGCUACGCUUUUUCACCAACGCCACACAGCCAGUAUUUCUCCAUCAACAACAGCAAUAACGGCACCAGGCUAUCAUCUAAAGGAUCCAAACCUGCUGUUCUUUCCUCCUUUGGCAACAACACGGCUUCCUACAAUACAUUAGUCUCUGAGGCAGUUAGACUUUUGGGUCCUCCAGCAAAAUUUGAAGCUUCAAAGCUGAAAGUUGUUUUAAUGGGCAAAGAGAUGAAUCAAUACUCUGCAAUUAUCCCUAAAACUUACAUCCUGUCUCAUUGUGACUUCACAGCAGACCUAACCUUAACCAUCUCCAAUGUCAUCAACCUAGAUCAGUCUGACAAACUACCUGGUGGUGAUCAUGGGCUGUCCAUCAUGUAUUUGCAGCUAAGAGGUUGGUAUAGCAAGGAUGAUGUGGUUGCUGAAUGGAAGAAGCUAGAAGGACAAUUGGCGCUGCAUGUCCAUUGCUAUGUGAGCGGUCCCAAUCUCAUGCUAGACCUUGCUGCUGAGUUGAGAUACCACAUAUUCUCUAAGGAAAUGCCUUUGGUACUCGAAGCUGUGUUACAUGGAGAUGCGGCACUUUUCACUGAGCACCCCGAGCUAGAGGAAUCCUUAGUUUGGGUAUAUUUCCAUUCUAGCUUACCCAAGUACAACCGGCUGGAAUGUUGGGGGCCACUCAAGGAUGCUGCUCAGGGGCGACCAGGGGACCAUCGAGGUUUUUUUCUGCGAGCCCGGUUGCUUCCCGUCCUACGAGAAAGUGGGAAGGACCAAAGUCCAUUUUCCAAGCUCUUUUUGCAUUCCUUCUUUGACGCUCUUGCAAUAAGCAGUAUAAGCUCAAAGGCGAAUUUUCGUGGCUAG